AUGCAAUAUAUAAACGAUUUAUUUUUGCAGAAGCAAGAGUCGCGUACCGUCCAAGUGGACAAGGAAAAGCAUAUCUAUCGCAACCGCAAAGCCCAGGAUGACCUCAUCCAUACGGCCGAAAAACCUGCUGAUCCCAACAAGCCUGACAGCAAGCCCAAAAAAUGGUCGUCAUACGAGUUAGAAGAUUACAAGUGGAUCAACUACGGCGAAGCCAAGAAACUGAGCGAUAAUAUCGCGGCCGUAUUCCAGGAAAAGAAACUGCAGGCCGGGGAUAGAGUGCUGCUUUACGCAAAGACCAGACCAGAAUGGAUGCUUACGGCUAUGGCUUGUUGUAUGCUGGGCCUUGUCAUCACCACCGCUUAUGAUAGUAUGCCACCGGAUGCCGUUCAGCACAUCGUCACGGAAACCGAGCCCAAGGCAAUCUUUACAGAGACAUCGCUUAUGGGCAAUCUGAACAAAGCUUAUACCAAGCUUGACAAGGAGAAGCAACCAAAGUUAGUCCUUUACACUGGCGAGGAAUUCGAAGCACCCGAUGAUCUUGAGACCUUUAAAAAGCAGAAAUCCAAAGAUGUGGAAAUGAUUCAUAUGCACGCUAUUUAUGAAAAAGAUGCCAAGCCUAGCAAAACGAGCACUACGAAGCCUGACGAUCUCGCCCUCAUCAUGUAUACUUCUGGUACUUCCGGUACGCCCAAGGGUGUGGAGCUGACCAACGGCAACAUCAUUGCUGCCAUGGCUGGUGCCGAGGAUAUUUUGCAGGACUUUGUGGAUGUCGAAAAUCACAGUUACAUUGGCUUUUUGCCUUUGGCGCACGUACUCGAGUUUAUUGUGGAGUUCAUUUUCAUCACCAUGGGUAUCCCUAUUGGAUAUGGAACCGCGCGUACAUUGAUGGAUGACUCUGUGUGCGGUCGAGGUGGUAAAGGCAAAGGCAAGGGUGAUUUGAAGGCAUUGAAGCCUACAAUCAUGGCCGGUGUGCCUGCGGUAUGGGAGCGCAUUCGUAAUGGUGUAAUGAAGGAACUGGAUAAGCAGAAUUGGCUCGUGCGUCAAGCGUUCUUAGCUCUGCUUCAGUUGAAGUGGUUAUUGUUGACAUUUUUUGGAAAAGAAAAUGUCAUUACCCAUAUCAUGGACCGCACGGUGUUUGCACCCAUUAGAGCAACCACCGGUGGCAGAUUAAUGUAUGGACUUUCUGGCGGUGCCCCUUUAUCUUAUGAUACCCAUAAAUUUGUCACUUCUGCCGUGUGUUUCUUACUACAAGGUUAUGGCUUAACGGAAUGCUGCGGUUUAGGUGCUAUUACGGUUCCCGCGUUGGGCAUGGUGACAGGGGUGAUAGGUCCUCCUUCGCCUUCUAUCGAGUGCCGAUUGGUGGAUGUGCCUGAAACAGAUUACAAAGCCGAAAACGGAAUCGGAGAACUGUGGGUUCGCGGCCCAUCCUUAAUGCGCGGAUAUUAUAAACGAUCCGAUCUUACCAAGGAAGCCAUUACCGAAGAUGGAUGGUUCAAGACAGGGGACGUUGCACGUGUCAAGGAUGAUGGUACUAUUGCAAUCACGGACCGUGCUAAAAACCUUGUGAAAUUGGCCAAUGGCGAGUAUGUUGCACUCGAAAGUUUGGAAUCCAAAUACAGAAACAACAAAAACAUCAAGAACAUCUGUAUCAUUGCCGACAGCGACAAAGAUCAUAUUGUGGCUGUGGUCGAGCCAAACGAAAAAGGUGCGGACAAGGACAAGCUGCUGAAAGAACUGCAGCAGACCGCCAAGCAAAACGACUGCAACCGAGCCGAAACUGUUCAAGAUAUUCUGAUCAAAGAUGACAAAGAUUGGCAAAGUACGUAUCUUACCACCAGCGGCAAACUGAAACGCAAGGAUCUCCACAAAGACUACAAAGAUGACAUUGAAAAGAUAAACAAACCUAUCAAUGACCCACCGUAUAUGGAUCGGGCUCGUCUCUUUCUUCGUCGCCAUCCUCUCAUCGACACUCACAAUGACCUUCCCAUGAUGCUGGCAUUUGAAGAGAACGGGAAGAUUAAUCACCUGGACUUCAAUCACUUGGAAGGUCAUACUGAUAUCGAAAGGCUGCACAGAGGUCACUUGACGGGCCAGUUUUGGAGUAUUUAUUACGAUUGUGAAGACACGAGUCAGAAUCAAGUACUUAAAGCGAUGGAAUCCAUCGACGUUACCAAACGUAUGAUCGCUUUGCAUCCCGAUACAUUCCAACUCGUCACCAGCACAAAAGAGUUUCAAGACGCCUAUCUUCACCGUCGUAUCGGAUCAAUGAUGGGCAUGGAAGGCGGUCAAAUGAUUGAUAAUUCGUUGGCUGCUCUUCGUCUUUUCUAUGAUCUUGGUGUUCGCUACAUGACGCCUUUAUUUGGGAAAGGGAAAGGGUUGUCCACGUUCGGCGAAAAGGUGGUGCUAGAAAUGAACCGUCUCGGCAUGAUGGUGGAUAUCUCUCAUGUUGCCCACUCAACUAUGCAUGCUGUCCUGAAUGUUACACGAGCUCCUGUCCUAUUUUCUCAUUCAUCCAGUCAUGCAUUAUGCCCUAUUGAACGUAAUGUACCUGAUGAGGUAUUGAAACGACUGGAUGAAACAGAUGGCGUGGUUCAGAUCAACUUUUACAAUUCCUUUGUGCGUUGCGACAAUCCUGAGGAAGCCACAUUAUCCGACGUGGCAGAUCAUAUAGAGCAUAUCGCUUCGGUAGCAGGCCGUCAUCGUAUAGGCUUGGGUGCGGAUUAUAACGGCAUAGAAAAAACGCCCGUGGGGCUGGAAGACGUAAGCAUGUACCCCUCGCUAUUCGCCGAAUUGAUGCGCCGAGGCUGGACACAAAGGGAGCUUGCUGGUCUGGCCGGAAGAAAUCUGCUGCGUGUGUGGAAAGGCGUGGAAAAUGUCAGCAAAUCCCUGUCCAACCAAUUACCCGAUGAAUCAAAACUGUCGGAUCCUGUUUAUUUGGUUAAAUCGAGCGUAUAA